AUGCGUACCCAUGCCGGAGCGACUGGCUCGAACAUUACUAAACACAUACUGCAGGGUGUCAGCUGCGAAGCCGUUUCGCAAACCAUGGCUUGGUGGUCAAUGAUCGGCCUCGCAUUCUUUCUCCUCAACGACGCAGUGGGUGGGAACGUCACCGCGAACGUCACCGAGAAUGUGACCGAGCUCCCACGAUGUGACACACUCACGAGCACCGAUUUGUGCCGGGAUGCAUGCACGACCGUGUAUGGUGCACCUCCCACUUCCCUAAGGUACGGGUUCGUCGACUGUCUGUGCCGACGCCGGGUCGAUGGAGAGUUGCAGUUAUGUUGCGACGAUGAGUUCGUCUGCACGACGACGACGACAACAACAAAGGCGAGCGUGACAUGCUACUCGCUCCCAUCCAUGGAUGACUGCAUUCAGGCUUGCAUAGAUCAGUAUGGCGGGACCAAUGCCAAUCGAGUGAGCGUGCUGUUCAAGCAUCGCGAACAAUGCGAGACCGGGAACCGCCAACCAUGCUGCGACAUAGACGGAGCGCGUGCCCUCAGCCUCCUUCCAGCAGCAAUGAUUUCAGUGACAGUGUUCGUGGCAAAGUUCCUUUAA